AUGGCGACUGGAGACGGCAAUUUGUAUGAGUUGUCUGUGAACGAAGAAGAUGCCAAAGUCGUAAAGGACCAUUUUGAGGCGAAGGGAUAUAUGGGCCUCGUCGAACUCCUUAUCAAACGCAAGGACCAUUGGGUAGACGUCCCCAUCCAUGUGGCAAUAUACGGAAGUUCCGGUGCAGGGAAGUCAAGUUUCAUCAACAUCAUCCGGGGACUUAAGGAUAGCGAUAAAAAUGGCGCCGAACUGAAUGUGGGACAGACGACAAUCGAACCCAUUCCAUAUUCACAUCCAAAUAAACAUUAUCUGAAGUUCUGGGACAUGCCCCAGUUGGGCUCCAAGGCGUUCACAAAAGAGUUGUAUUUGAAAAAUACAAAUAUAGAUAAGUACGAUUAUUUUCUCAUUUUCACUAGGUCAGAAUUCACCGGAGACGAUUUUUGGUUCGCAAAUCAGUUGCAGACUCUAAACAAAAAGUUUUAUUUUGUUUGUACGCAUAUUGAUAUCGUCAUAGAUGCAGCAGUAAAAGAACAUUUAGACGAAGACCAAAGAGAGGUGAAGAUUCGUGUUUUAACUGCCAUUAGGGAAAAACUACUGCGUUCGGUAAAACAGGAGAAAAUCAAAGCAGACUAUAUUUACCUGAUAACCACAGCGGAUGUUCGUAAAUUUGAUUUCCCAAAAUUAGCGAACAGACUCAUUAUCGAUCUACCUGAAAGGAAGUGGGAAGCAAUGGCGUUAACGCUAAAAGUGUUUGCGGACGACGUCAUAAAGCAGAAGCGUCGCGCUCUGCAGAAACGUGUUUGGAUUAUAGCGCUAAUGUCUGGUCUGGAGAAAGCGUGCCACUAUUACGGGCUCCAGUUUGACAUUGACGUGGAACCCGUUUUAGAGGAAGCGCAGGAGUACCGCCGGCAAUUCUGUCUGGACGAAGGUUCGAUAAUCAAACUGGCGCGGUCCAUCGAUACGUCGGUAGAGAGUCUGAAAAAAGCGUCGGCGUUCAAAACAAACUACGCGCAGCUAGCGGACCGCGGGCUGAUCCAGCAGUAUAAAACGCUAAGCGUUUACGACGUCUCCGACGGAAUCACGAAAAGUUUCUCUCCAAUUCUGGGUAACCUGUUGUCUGGCGCGUCGCCGUUCGGCGCGACAUAUUUCGUGUUAAACCGACUGCUCGAUACGAUGGAGACCGACGCGCUCAGAAUGAUUGAGUACGUGCGGUACAGAGGGGCGGAAUUGUAA